GCCCGCGCGAGCAGCGUCCCUCGAUAAAAGUCGGGCAUCGUCGCGGCGGGCGACGACGUCACCCGCGCUCGUGAAUUAGCUCCGCAGGGCUGCGGGGCGCGGGCACGGCGCGGCGGUGACCGCUCAGGUGCAUCCCUGGUGAUCCCUGACCAGGGGACGGUGACGCUGGUGUUGUGCUGUGUGUCCCCCCGAGUGUCGCGUGUGCGGUCACGAAUGUCGAGUGAGUGAUGGGGGGCUACGCCUCCCUCGCGACGAGGGCCAUGAUGAUGGGUUGCUAUGGACUGGAGCCUCCGUCGGCGGCGCUCUUCUUCAGACAGCAGCAGCCGCGGCAGCCGCGCGGUGACCGGCACCGCCCGUGACGGUGACGCCUCGCCGGCCAGCAUCUCGCCCUUCAGCACCCGCAAGACGGUCUCUCUGACGCUGUGCGUCAUCUCCACGGAGCAAGUGGCCCAGAGCGCGUUGGUGGCGCCUCUCGCCGCCGGCCAGGAAGGACGGGACGAGCAGCACAAGGGCCGGAAGGAGGAGAGAGGCGAGCGCGACAAGGAGGACCAGGAGAAGAAGAAGAGGGGCAAGAAACAGAAGGCGGACGGGGAGUGCGACAAGCAGAAGGGCGGCGCCCAGAGGAAGAAGUCACCCAUCGAGAAGUUCCGCGAGAGCCUGCUGCACUGGGGCCGGUCCAAGGCCAAGGCCAGGCGCGGGAUGAGCCCGCCGGCUCCGGCCGGGGCGCGACCAGGCCAACGGCCGCCGUCGCCGCCCCUGGCCCUGGCCGCGGCACCGCGGCCGGCCCGCCCGUCGUCCCUGGGCCUGACGGUCAUCGGCGGCCCGGGGGCGGGGGCGCCGCCGGAGCCCCGCCGGGGGAGCCUCAACCAGGGCAGCCUGGGGCACGUGGACGAGGCGUUCAGGGCGCUGGACCAGGGGCCCCAGCUCAGGCCGUAUGCCGUGGGGGCGCCGCUCAGGGCGCCGCUGGGAGCCUCGGAGGAGGUGGACAAGAUCCCGACGGGGCCGCCCACCGCGACAGGCGUCCACAGGGAAGCGGAGCCCACAGUACAGAGGAUCCUGGUGCCGGGUCACAGCGACCCGAAUCAAGGGGUGCGCAGCGACACGGACAGCAGUCGGGGCGACAAGAAGAGCCAGGAGCCGAUAGAGAUCCUCAUACGAAUCCCAGACUCCAACGCGCAGCAGCACGACCGGGACAUCACGGUGAAGAAGCAGGACGGACAGCGGACAGAGGAGGGCGCCGACAAGGAGAGCGGCCAGGAACGGACAGGUCCAAGGAACAGCGCGCUGGAGGUACAGCAGCCGCAGCCGAGCAAUCAGAGACGCACAGCUACAGGGAGCAUCGCACAGGAGAUACAGCAACCACGGGAGAGCAGUCAGGGGCAGACAGCUCCGCGAAGCAGUACAUGGGAGGGACAGCAGCCACAAGCAAGCGAUCAGGUGCGGAUAGUUUCAAGGAGCAGCGCACGGGAGGAACAGCAGCCACCAACAAGCGAUCAGGUGCGGAUAGUUCCAAGGAGCAGCGCACGGGAGGGACAGCAACCGCAGGCGACCGAUCAGGGGUGGACAGCGUCACGGAGCACCGCACGGGGGGAACAGCAGCCACCAGCAAGCGAUCAGGUGCGGAUAGUUCCAAGGAGCAGCGCACGGGAGGGACAGCAGCCACCAGCAAGCGAUCAGGUGCGGAUAGUUCCAAGGAGCAGCGCACGGGAGGGACAGCACCCACAAGCAAGCGACCAGGGGAAGACAGCUUCACGGAGCAGCGCACUUGAGGAACAGCAAUCACAAGCGAGCGAUCAGAGACGAAUAGCUCCUUCGAAUAUCAACGACGUGCAGGGAGGUCAGCAAAGACAGCGGAGCGAUCAGCAACGGACAGUUGGAGAGAGCUUCGGCAAGCGAGAUGGUUUUAGAGAGGUGCAAGACCCGGCUGGAAAUCUCCGGUCACGACGCCCGCACUCUCCACCAGAAAGCGUCCCAACGAAUCAGAGCGUCUCGCCGCAUCCGACCAGCACCGUGAAGCACCCGACGCCCACGGCGACGUCUGCCUCGCCGAACCCUGUGGCGCACCACCCCUCGGCCUCGUCGGCCCGCACCAGCAUCGCGUCGUCAUCGUCCACAACGUCCGUGUCGACGGGUAGCUCCGGUGGCAUUGCGGCUCGCAAGGUCGUGACGAAGGAAACAGCGGCCUCCAAGAUGCCACCUCCUGGAGAGACAGUGGUGGCCCACACCACGACCGCGACGUCACGAGGCCCUACGAGUGUAUCCUCGUCCACCGAGCCUUCCCGGACUGCACCCAACAGGCCCGGCCGCGACGCCCAGCAAGUGACGGAGGCCAGGGCUGUCCCCACCUCGACGACGAACCGUCAGGGCGGUGCAGGCUCCACCAGUGGUUCUAGUGCAGGAAAGGCGUCAUCCGGGAACUCCGUGUCGUUCGCCGGCAACCAGGAUCACGCCAGUGCAGUGCGCCCGAGGGAGCCUCCACGGCCUCGGUCACCGCACCCUGGCGGAAGAGGUACCACCCCGCCGCCGAGGACUCCGACGCCACCGCCACCCCCUCCCCCGAGGACGCGGACGCCGACGUCACUCGAGGCAGACGCCGGGUCGUCGUCGUCCUCCUCCUGCUCGCACCAGGGUACCCAGAGGCUCACGCCAGACUCUCAGCAGCGGCGGCACUGCGGCGCGUGCUCACCCCGGAAGGGGUCGGGGCCCGGGACGGCGUCGGGGGUGGGCUGCGAGACCUGCAAGCGCGCGGGCGGGCGGGCGCGCAGCAAAGAGGGCCGCUCUGCGGGUCCAGCGCCCGCCAUGGACCGCAAGCCUCUCAGCCCACCCCAGACGGCGGUCACCUCCCCGCGCACAUCGGCCCGGGCGGAGGUGCAGAAGCAGCGCGCCCACAGCGCGUCGCCGGCGCGGAGGAUGACGCCGACGGCGGCUGGCCAGGGCGCGCGCGUCCCCCUUGCGCACCUGGCGGCUAGGAACAGCGGCCAGCCGAUCGGCAGGACGCUCAGCUGCCGAGGUCCCCGGACCGCCGUCCACCAGGAAUCCACGCCACCGCUGAGCCCCCUGUCGGUGCAGCUACAGGGACCGCUGUCGCCGGGCUGGGACCUGGUGGCGCUCGAGAUGGAGGUGCAGGAGCUGCGCCGCGAGCUGCAGGAGCGCCGUGCCGCGGAGCUGCGGCUGCGGAGGGAGAUCCACAAGCUCAGGAGCGUGCUCCAGCAGGCCACAAGCUUCUCCCAGGACGGCGAGGGAGGGGACGUGGCACGCGAGGACGGCGUCAGCGGGGACGCCCGGGAGGGCCUGCUUCUCACGUCCCUGCAGGUGCGUCACGCCAUGGCCGGCGGCCGUGCCACCGGUUGCGGGCCGGGGGCGGCGCAGGGGGCGGCACAGGGGGUUGCGCAGGGUGCUGCGCAGGCCACGGCGCAGCAGGGGGUGGCGGCGGCCUCCUCCUCCAAGAAGCAGGGCGUGUCCGGGGAGAGCUCGGACCCCGGAAGCUCGUCCGUGACUCAGGCCACCUUCCCGAAGGACUUCCGUUCGCAGCAGCUCAUCAAGGCCGCCAUCCUGGACAACGACUUCCUCAAGAACCUCUCGCGCAGCCAAAUCCGGGAGCUGGUGGACUGCAUGUACCUCCAGAGCGUGACCAGGGGCAGCUACGUCAUCCGGGAGGGGGAGGCAGGAAGCCACCUGUACGUCCUGGCGGAAGGCGAGAUGGAGGUCAUGAAGGAGGACACUGUGCUGGGCCGCACGGGGCCGGGCAAGGCGUUCGGCGAGCUGGCCAUCCUGUACAACUGCACGCGCACCGCCAGCAUCAGAGCCGUGACAGAUCUGCAGGUCUGGGUCCUGGACCGCAAGAUGUUCCAGCAGAUCAUGAUGCGCACCGGGAUGCAGCGCAUCGAGGAGAACCUCAGCUUCCUGACCUCCGUCCCGCUGCUCAAGAAGCUCUCGGUCGGCACGCUGCACAAGAUCGCCGACGUCCUGGAAGUGGAGUUCUACCCGGCGGGCAGCUACAUCGUGCGUCAGGGCGCGAGCGGGCACACGUUCUUCAUCAUCAGCGGCGGCACCGUGCAGGUGACCCAGAGGGUCCCAGGCACCGUCGAGGAGAUGGUCAUCCGGGAGCUCGGCCGUGGCGACUACUUCGGGGAGCAGGCGCUGCUGCACGACGACUUCCGGACGGCGAGCGUCAUCGCCACGGCGCCGGGCGUGGAGUGCCUCACCCUGGACAGAGAGUCCUUCUUGUCGCUGAUCGGCUCGCUGAGCGAGCUCCAGGAGAAGGACUAUGGCGACGAGAACCGGCAGUUGUCCAGGACGUCGUCCUCGUACAGCGUCCACUCGGACCUCUCCCCGACAGCCGACUGCGAGGUGGAUCUGCUGCGCCUGGAGGACCUGCAGGUCGUGGGCACGCUCGGCGUGGGCGGCUUCGGGUCGGUGCGGCUGGUGGUGCCGGCGGGUACGCCCGGCCGCAGCUUCGCCCUCAAGUGCCUCAACAAGAACCACAUCGUGGCCACGGGCCAGCAGGAACACGUGCUCGGCGAGAAGGACAUCCUCAUGUCGGUGCACAGCCCCUUCGUCGUGCGCCUGUACCGCACCUUCCGGGACGAACGCUGCGUGUACAUGCUGCUGGAGGCGUGCCUCGGCGGCGAGGUCUGGUCCAUGCUGCGGGAGCGCGGCCGCCUGGAUGAGGAGGAGGCGCGCUUCGCGGCCGCCUGCGUCGUGCAGGCCCUCGAGUACCUGCACGCCAGGCGCAUCAUCUACCGCGACCUCAAGCCGGAGAACCUCGUGCUGGACGCGCGCGGCUACGUCAAACUGGUGGACUUUGGCUUCUCAAAGCGGCUGGUGGACAGCAACAAGACGUGGACCUUCUGCGGGACCCCCGAGUACGUCGCCCCGGAGGUGAUCCUGAACCGCGGCCACGACCGCGCCGUGGACUGCUGGGCGCUGGGCGUGCUCGUCUUCGAGCUGCUGACCGGGGCGCCACCGUUCUCGGCCGCGGACCCCAUGCGCACCUACAACUUCAUCUUGAAGGGCAUCGAGUCGGUGGCGAUGCCCGCCGCGGUGGGGCGCAGCGCCGCGCACCUGAUCCGCUCGCUGUGCAAGGCCGUGCCCGCCGAGCGGCUGGGGUACCAGCGCGCCGGCCUGCAGGACGUGCGCCGCCACAAGUGGUUCCAAGGGUUCGACUGGGAGGGCCUGGUGCACCAAACUCUGCAGCCUCCAAUCGUUCCCAAGGUAUCUGGACCGACCGAUAUGUCAAAUUUCGACACGUCCUGCAAGGAGGAGGAUACGGUGUUGUCUGAACUGUCUCUAUGGGAAGCGGACUUCUAGUGAAGCACGCGGAUGGCAACAAGCCAAGUACAGUAUGGUUAACCAGAAGAAAAUUGAUGUAAAUGGGCAUAACGAAGAAAAGAAAAGUUGACAAGUUGAUUCAAAAUAUAUUACACACAAUAUGAGUAGUGAAAAUAAUUACUUAAAUGCCUUGAUUUCCUGGGCAAUGAUCUAUUUACAGGUGAAGGAGAAUUAAAUGAGAAUUACCAUAUCAAUAACAUAAUAAGAUUGUACAUACAAUGGUGUUAAUAAUUUACAUUGAUUCUGUACAGUCUUCCAGUUU